AUGUCCAGAAGCAAUAAGCUUAACGGGAAACGACAAACUCCCUUCAUACAAAGGCAAGCAGGUGUCUGUGGCAGCUAUGUUUCGAAACAACAAAUACAUAUGAUAAAGUACAUUACAGAUAAUUCCUUCCACAAAAUUAUGAGGCUGUACAAUAAGGAGACCCCCAAGUAUGUAAUACAUAAGACGAGCAGUAACAAUGCAUGA